AUGCAGUUCACCAUCGCCGCCAUUGCUGCCUUCGCCGCCUCGGCCUCUGCCAUGGCUCUCAACACCACCGCUCCUGCUUCUGAGGUUUACGUCACUGAGGUUGUCACCCAGNCCACUGUUGUCACUGCUGGUUCCCACACCAUCACCGUGACCGCUGCCACCACUCUUACUAUUGAGGAUUGUUCGUGUACUGUGACCAAGGCAGUCUCUACAUCGGCCGUCCCUGUUGCCCCCGUCACCACUGCUCCUGUUGUCACCGCUCCCUACAACAACGGUACCAUCGCCACUGUCACCUCGGCCAUCGGUACCGGUGCUGCCCAUAGCACUGGCGCCUCUACCACCUCGCCCGCCAAGUUCACUGGUGCUGCCUCCUCCAUGAACGUCGCUGGUGCCGCCGCCGCCGCUCUCGGUAUGGCCGUCCUCGUCCUCUAA